AUGGCGAAGCCUUGGACCGCAGUGGUCCUGCUUGCCACCGCUGCUUUCAUGCUGGUGGGGCUCUCCUUCCAGCCCUCCCCGCCCGUGUCCAUGACCAGCCCGGUGACCAGCCCGGCCAGCCGCUUCCUGACCCGCGGAGAACCCCAAGCUCCAGCCCGGCGCCUGGCGCACCACAACCCGCCAAGAUGCACCAGCUUCUGGGAGACAAUCUGGGCCAGGUGUCGGGUCACUUUACACUGGGUGCGUGUGCUGUGCCUCGCUGAAAGCAAAGCCUCGGUGCCCGUGAUGGGUCCGCUCCUGGCUGGUGUGGCAAUUGUGGUGUGCAUGCUUCUUUGGCUGCUGGCUGUGGGAAGUCUUGGAUACGUGGUGGCAGUUCUCUGGACUGAGUUCCGGUCGUUGCGACAUCAGCUUGAUAAAUUCUAUAGAGAGGAAACAAAAUUAUUUUUUGGCAUGCUUGUGCUUUCCGGCGUGGUCCCUGUGCUUCUGUUGCUUCUUUUCCCCUGGCCGACGCUGCCCAUCUGCAACUCAGCUCCAUGCCCCUGCGCCAACGGCUUCUGCCACGCUGCCGAUGACGGCUGCAAAAGUUGCUUCGAGGGCUUCCACUUGUCGAGUGGCGUCUGUGAAGAGAAUGUAUGCUCUUGCAAGCACGGGGUGGCCAUCGCCAGGCAUGCAGAGGCUUUUGCCAAGGGAUCCCCUCCCUUCGAGACCCACAUCCCAAUCACAGUCUCGGUUUGUGUCAGCGCCGUGCUGUUCGUUACCCCGAUCAUCUACACCACAGUCACACGCAGACCCUUCAUGCUGGUGGUGGAGGUGGCUAUCAGCUCGGCCGACUUCGGUUCGGACCUCCUGAGCGUGUUCAACAAUGACUUCUACAGCUGGGAGAUGUUUGUACUUGCUGUGCUCAUUGUCAUGGCGGCCGGGGUAUCCACGAUCGUUGGCCAUUAUGGGGGGAGCUUGAUAGAAACAUCCUUCAACACCUACAACCGACUCGCGUUCAUCUCCUGGACUCUGCUGGCCGACAAGGGCAUCAACCAGGUGUUCGAAAUCGCUGGCGACAGCUUCGAAAAACAUUUGGUCAACGUCGUCUGUGCUUUCUUUCUUGCUCUCAGCUUGCCACUGUUGGUGCUGGUCCUCGCUCCAAUGGUGGCCGCAUCGCAAUGUGUGAUGUUGUUCGCCACCGGCAUCGUGCUGCACAGCACGCGCCUGCUUCUCCUGAAGAGCGUCCAGACCUUCUACGAGAAGCAAGUCCUCGGUCGGGAAAUUACCACGCCCGAUACGCCAGACCACGUCGAUCCCGAGCGCUACCACACCAUCAUUCUGACUGAGAUCCUCACGGAAGGACUGCCGAGCACAGUCCUGACACUCGUGAACUACGGCCUGAUGAGGCAAGCCUACAUGGUUUCGCAGCUGAAUACUGUCGCAGUGCUUUCGUUAAUGGUCUCUGCCUACCUGGUGGCACGGAUUGGUUUCAAGUACGGCCACCACAUGCUGUACCAUAAGAAGGCGUUGGCAGACAUCCCGUUGCCCUACAGCCCAGAAGUGGAGACUUACGCGCAUGUAGGCAAGGACGAAGUGAUGGCAGCUGGCGGUGCCGUUGCCGGAGUCGGCGGAACCUCAGCGGCCUUGGUGAUGGCAGCAGGUUGA